AUUCAAAACAGUUUGAGUUAACUUGUCUGCUUUUUAACAUCUCCGUCCUAUUUGUGCGAAUUAAUCUGCUGUUUCAUCAAGAGCACACUGCAAACCAUUUCGCAAUGCGGAAUUUAUAGAGAGAAAAAAAAUUCACUGCAAACCAUUGCAGCUGGAAUCUAAAUUCGGAGCAAGAGAACAAGUCUGUCUGGGUCAAGAAUAGCUCAGAGAAAUCUUUCAAUGUCGUCUGAAACCUGGGUGGACACUCUGAAUGGAAGAUGGACGCCAUUGUUAUUCCUUAUCCUCGGCAUAGUGGCAUUUUUCGGACCUUUGUUUUUUAGUCCUAUUGAAUGUACGUUUCCGUCGGACUUCUCAACCCAGAACAUUAGAUAUGGCAAGUCAAAAUGUUACGAAGCCACACAGAUAAGGACGUUUCGUGAUUUUGACGGAGAUUUGGAUUUCAAGAUUCCAGAAAUCACUACAGCAGAUGACGACUCAGAUGGUCAAAGAACAUUGUACCAGUAUGUUUCAAUCAUUCUAAUAGUACAAGCUCUUUUUCUUUGGAUUCCGUUCAUUCUAUGGAGACAAGGAGAGAAGCGAUUGCGUAUCCAUUUCAUUGUCGGUUCAGAGAAUCAGGGUGAAGGUAGUAAAUAUGUCGGAAAGAGGAUUGCUGCCUACCUAGAACAAUGGAUCAAAAAUCGAAAAGUAAACAUUUUGUCAAUCGGAGCAUUUACAUUUUUUCAUUUCUUCAUCAAAAUCCUUUACUUUGUCAGUGUAUGUGUACACUAUGGAUUGCUGGACGGUUUCCUGAAACAGGAGAAUGAAACCAGUUUUGGUUCUCAGCUUUUAGGAAAUAUCAGAGAAAACAACAUUUCUGUUUUCCAAACCUCACCAGUAUUCCCCCGCCAUUUUCUGUGUACCUAUUCUCUAUAUCGUUUACGAAGUCUCAGGACCUAUUCCGUGCAGUGUAAUCUGCCAUUGAAUCCGUACUUAGAGCUGAUAAUGGCGGUGGCCUGGUGGUGGUUAGUCUUCAGUAUUGCCGUCAUCGUCGCGGAUGGAAUAGUUUACCUGUUUGGUGCUGUAAUCCCUUAUUUUAGGAUCUGGUUUGUGGAGGCAAAUUUGAUGAAACGAGAACUAGAAACUUCGACGCAAAUUCUGACAAAUCAACAGAUUUGGAACUUUGCAAACAACACCCUGGGAGAAGAUGUCAUCGCAUUUCUUCAGCAGAUGCAGUCCAACAAUAAUGGCUGUGUAGUCAUGGAAACCAUUACUGAACUCUGGAAGAUCUAUCAUGGUGGUGUGCAGACUUUACCGCUGGAGAAUCCCCAAUUGCCAGAAGCAUCGUGUCCCGGUCAAACGUUUCAAGCUUCGAGACCAGGCGUUGAACUACAACACAUAGAUCGGGGACCAGUAGUCUCUGAGGGCUACGCAGGUCAAGGUCAAGUGCCGGCACAGCAAUCCAUUUAUCCCGCUUACCCGGCUACUGUAUACAAAACAUAAAAACCAGAAAUUAUUACAGUCUUGUGCAAUCUUACCCCUGAAUACAGCCGAAUCUCGGCAUCUUUGUAAAUUACGUGCAUGUUUUAUUCAUAAACGUCAUUCAUAGAAAA